AUGAGCCAAAAGAAAGUCUUUUUGUCUUCUGGGGAGCAUAAAGUGUCCAUUACGCUGGCGGAUGAGGAGGAUCGCAAUAAUUUGGAGGCUUUGAUGGCGGCCACGGCGGCAAGCCAACCCUGGAAGAUUAGUGAUCAGCCCGCCCUUCAAACUGCUCCUGCUGCAACUCAAAAGAACGAAGUGAAACACUACAAUGCGGAAGGGUUCCUUGAAGCAGCGCAAAAAUAUUUGAACGACUCGCCGCCGGAUCUGGAGAAGGCAUGCGAAAAGCUAUGGGCCACAAUGGCAUGUCUUUUCAAGAAGCGCUGUCUCGAGGCGGGAUACAAGUUGACAAGCGAUAACUCGCUCAGACAAAUGGCUGAAUGGAUUUUUAAGAAGCCAUCGCUUUUGUCGCCUGCCGUUGCUGAAUGUGGCCUGCGUCUCUUCAUACAUUGCGAAAGGUUCCAUCAACACGGUUUCGAGGGAUCGAAAGCCGAAGUGGCAUCGGUUGUGACGGAUCUGAAGGAGUUUUUGUCCGAGUUCAAUCAAAUCAAAUUGGACGCUUUGAAGUUGGUGCUCGAGAAAAAGAAAGUCGAAUUCCAAGGAUCUGACGAUGUCACUUUCGAGGAGUUCAAGAUGGAGGUGGAAGACAUGGGACUCAAAUACACAAAGACUCAAUGGAAAAUUCAUGUUUCAGAAGUGACGUAUUAC